UCAGUUUUGUUUCAAGAGCUUCGUUUUUCAAUUGAAUUCGUUGUUUGAUUUGAAUUGUUUGCUGAAUUGUGAUUUGCUGUUUAUAUGUUCGACGUAAUGUCUGGGUAAUUGGAUGGCUCCGCUAAAGCCUAUAAAUUUUGUGUAUAAUUUGUUAAUUUCAUUCUGGGGUAAUCGGGUUUUUGCUAAGUUGUGCUGUUGUGAUGUUAGAUAAUCUGGUUAGGCCAAGUGGGUUUCUUGAUUUGCAUGCUUCACUUAAUUUAAAUGCCCACAAGCAGUUUUUGAUUAUUGUAAUUUCAAUUUGCUUUCAAUCACUAGAUUUUCAAUAUUAGUGACGGUUUGUAGAUUCAUUGGCUUCAAAAGAGAGAAACUUUUUUGCUAAUAGAUUAAAGCCAUAUUUACGAUGUGUUUCUUCUUCUCGAUUUAGAUUGGGGGUUGCAACUUGCAACAUGCUCUUAAGGGUGUGGGGCUUGUCUUAAGAGCACUUUUCAGUGUCGUGGCCUUUUAUUCUUGAUUAUGUAACUUCCUCAGGUUUUAUCCGUAUCUACAUCUUCACAUUCUUCCUUCUUUUAAACUGUAUUUUCUGCAUGUUGGUCUGCUAGAUAAUGAGAGCUAAAGCUAUUAUUGCUAGCACUUUGUUCUUUAGUGGCUUCAACAUUUUUAUGUAUUCACCAAGGAGAGGAUUGGAGUAUUCUGAUUAGUAGUUGAGGCUGGUGAGACUCCAGCUACUUCCAUGGGAAGAUUAAUUGUAGGAUAGCUAAUAUCAUUUCAUCAAUCAUAUCCAAUGAAGUUAAUGUCUUUAUUUCAUGCUUUCAAUAUGGCUUUUAUCAUUCCUUCUGCAAGGUGCCUCAGUGAUCAGAACUAUGGUAUGACGCAAGUUACCUGAUAUAUUCCAUGAACUUCUAGAACACUUAAAUGCCACAAGAAAGGUUUCUUAAUGUAUAUUUAAAAUUAAUCUUGCAUAUUCAGUUGUAAAAGGCAUGUCAAUUUCAUGUUGCCUCCAUGGCUCAGAAAAACAGCACUUUUUUGGUAUUUUACUAGGUAUUCAAAUCAGGAUUAUUUAUUGGUUAUGGAAUAGGCGGAUUUAUCAACUUCGAGUUUCUCACUUUGCAGAGGAUGGUCGGACUGGGACAUUUGUAACUGGCAGUGAUCGUUUCCCUGCAUCUCUGUUGGAUCUUCCUUGUGUUGUUGAAUCAUUCAAAACUUAUGAUGAUAGUGCACUAGUUAAAACUGCAGAUAUUGAGCAGAUGAUUAUGGUUAGGGAGCCGGGUGAUGCUUCUCCAGAUGUGGAGCACAGGCACGGUCUCAAUCCUCCUAUGAGGGAGGUGAUCAGCUAAUUCCACUCUAACAAGUGUACUAGUCAAUUCAAGUAAUAUAAUGAUGAAAAUAGA